CUGAUGUUGCUUAGAAACCAGCAUCAACAUUGGGUUGUAGAACAAAGGGGAAUUGUGCGCUAUUUAUACGGAAUUACUUUGAACUUUUUUCAGUUCGUGUGAUGGAGGAGACAGAAUUUGUAGGAGAGGACUCUUUUGAGUCCUUGGGUGAGUUCCAAGUUGUCCUCAGUGAGCUGGCCAGUGACAAGAGUUUGGACAGGAUUCGGGUGGAGUAUGAAAAACUCAUCCAUGCUCUGAAAAAGUCGCGGGAUAAUGAAAAGAGGUUGAUGUCUAAAUGCAGGGAGUUGAACGCAGAGAUUGUGUCCACAUCAACGAAAGUGGCAGCUGCCCUUAAACUAUCCCAGGAUGAUGAGACGACAAUAACAUCUCUCAAGAGGGAGUUGGAUAAAGCUUGGAAAAUGGUUGAUGCCGCUCACGAUAAAGAGAGGAAGGACAUGGAGACCAUCAAGAAUUUAAAAGAAGAUGUUUCUAAGCUCACAAAGGCAACUGAGCAACAAACUGGCCAACAGUUGGACCAAGAACGAAUGAGUUUAAUAAAAAUGAUUGAGGAGAUGACCCAGGAGAGAGACCAGCUGAUGACAACGGUGGAGGAUCUAAGAGAGAAACUAAACAAGGCAACUGUAAUUCAGCAAGAGAUACAGAAAGAAAAAGAGACUGCUGUACAAAGCAUCUCAAAGCUACAGCAGGAGCUUCAGGUGCAACAGAACGAGAUCUCCAGAGAGAUGAGACUGAAGGAGAAGCUUGACAAGGAGAUUCAACAGCUGCACGCUGACAUGGAGGCCAAGAUGGCUGAAAUUAAAGCUUUGAACAUGCAGAGACAGAAGGCCAAGGAGGAGCAGCAGAGACUGGAGCAGCAGCUCAAAGAUCUAAAAAUAUUGCAUGAGCGUUCUACUAAAGAACUUGAGCAGAUUCAGGUGAAGAGCACCAAACUGCAACAGGAAUGUGACCAUCUUUCAUCAGCCAAGGAACAGCUCUCUGUAGAGAACCAUCAGAGGGCUAACAAACUGAAGAUAAGAGAGGAGGAGUUGAGUCAGAUGCGUCAGGAGGUUGCCAAACAAACCAAGAUGAGAGAAGGCAUCCAGAAGAAGCUCCACCAAAUGGAGGACCAGAAAGCUGAACUAGAUGUACAGAGGGAGACACUGAAAGCUCAGAUCGCUGGUCUUGAAAAAGAUCUUGAAUCUUCCCGGAAGCAAGUGGAAGUUGAUAAAAAAGCCAAGGACGAGCUGAUCCGAGAGAGGGACAUUUUACAUAAGAACAUGAUCAAAGCUGUGCAGUCAGCUGAAAAGCAGCAGAACCUUAUAAAACUCUUUGAGCAGGACAAGAGAACUUUGGAGCAUGAGAUCUCUGGGUACCGCCAGGAGGCCCAGAAGCAGCGUAAGAUCAUCCAGCAGCUGGAAAAGGAACGGGAUCGGUACAUCAAUGAGAGCAGCAGCCUUAUGCAGAAGGUGCAGCAGAAAAUCACAGUUGUUGAAGACAAGGAGAUUGAGAUAUUUGAUUGGAGAAAGAAAGCCACUGAGUCAGAGUGUAAACUCAAACAGCAGGAGAACCUGUUGGAAACAAUCAUAACAGAGAGGAAUCUUUACAGCAAAAACCUCAUUGAGUCUCAGGAGGAGAUUGCUGAAAUUAAGAGAAAAAUAAAGAUCAUGAACAACCAAGUUUCCCGACUUAAAGAUGAGAUCAUUGGGAAGGAGCAGGUACUGAUCAGGGAUCAGCAGGAGCAGAAGCGGUUAGAGAAGGAUAACGAGGCCCUCAAGGCAGAGCUACAGUUGGUUAAAUUGCAGCUGGAUGAAACAAAGCAACAUGUUGACAGCCAGAGAGCAGAACACCAAAAACUGCAGAUGGUAAUAACCACCAUGGAGGAUGAACAAAUUCAACAGCAGAAGCAGCUGGAGCAGGUAAUAAGCGAGCGGGAGAGCCUUGGCAAACAGCUGCUACAACGUAACAAUGAACGUGCUCUGCUGUUCGAGAAGAUCAGGAUCCAGCAGUCAAUCCUCAGCAAGGGAGACUUCCACUACAACCAGAGGCUGGAGGACAUCCACCUGCUCAAACUGGAGGUCAAGAAGCUCCAACGCAAGAAGAACAUCCUGGACAGGACUUUACCCAACACAGAGGAGCUGAGGACAGAGCUGUUCCACCUACAAAGGGAAUUGCUCAGAGAGAAAACCAGGAAUAGUGUCCUGGAAGAUCAGCUGAAGCCCAUAAAUAUUCAUAGAUGGAGACGACUGGAGGGCAGCGACCCCGGCAAAUACCAGCUCAUCCAGAAGAUUCAGGCCUUGCAGAAACGACUGAUUGUUAAGACCCAAGAGCUCGAGGAAAGAGAACUCCUGCUUCAGGAAAAGGAAAAGCUGUAUGUUGAGCUGAAGCAGAUUCUGGCCCGACGGCCUGGUCCCGAGGCAGCCGAACAGCUUCAACAGUGCCGCUGGACGAUCAGAGACCGAACCAAAAAGCUGCAGGCGCAGAUGGGAGAGCUGAGGAUGCUUGACUCCAAGAUGAACGAGUACAAAAGUGAGAAUCAGAGACUGUGCAGUGAGCUGGCAAAUAUAAAGAAAAAGUAUCUCAAUCAGAAAAGGAUUUAUAGUGAGCAGAGAAGCAGAACCACAGUGGAGGAACAGGAAGUGCUACCACAGCUGAACAACACACCUCAAUUCACCGGAGGAGGCUUAAGGAUUUACAACCCGGUCAAACUCUGAUGACCACUACAAGACUCUCUGUACAACACAAUGUUGUACAUUCAUGUCUCCUCUUCCCACUCUUUAGUUCAGCCCAUCUGAAAUGUGAGCUGAGAUUUACAACCAGCCUAGAUGUCCCAGAUGAGUAAAAAGACCCAUUUAAAUAUCUUUAAUAUGUGCUGUUAGGAGGAUUUUUAAUGAUGAUCUUUAAAGAUAAGAAACCUUCAAGAUGUAAGUUGUGCAAUUUUUCUACAAGUUAAACAAUUUGUAUUAUCAGUCAUCCAUUUGAUGACCAACUCAGCUGCCUGCUUGUGUUUCUUAAAAUGAUUAUGAAUAAAAACAAUAUGCACAA